CUUACGGGUGACUGUAUAGCAAGCUGCUAUUUAAGUACAGUGGCAGGAUUGCUGCAGGCCUGAUGUUGUUCCACAUAUGAUUCUUCUGCGUUUGUGUUUGAGCUGUGAAUAGUGAGAUAAAUUUGACUCGAGCAGUUCGGGCACAUCAUGGGGCACUGCGUGAUUCUCAUGUCAAUAAUAGCUUUUCGCUCCAGUUUGAAUCUUGAAGGACGUGGGUGAUCACAAAACUAACUUACCGACGGUAUGUCAGAGUCGACGAUAAUCAUCGAACGCUCCGAAAGGGUGGGGAUUAUCAAGCUCAACCGACCUAAGGCUUAUAAUGCGCUGUCUGGAACACUGAUCAACGAAUUGUUGGCCGCUUUAAAGUCGUUCGAGAGCGACCCCAGCAUAGGCGCUAUUAUCCUGACAGGCAACGAGAAAGGAUUUUGUGCUGGUGCGGAUAUCAAGGAGCAAAGUGAACUAUCCUUUGUCAAUGCAUACAACCAAGAUUAUCUGAAGAAUCUUAAUGACGGAUUCUUUGCUGUCCAUAAGCCAAUAAUCGGAGUCAUCAAUGGCAUCGCACUGGGAGGUGGCUGUGAGCUGGCGAUGAUGUGUGACAUUUUGUAUGCAGCAGAGACUGCAACAUUCGGGCAGCCGGAAAUCACGCUCGGAACCAUUCCAGGAGCUGGAGGGACGCAGCGCUUAAUCAGGGCUAUCGGAAAGUCGAAAGCGAUGCAUAUGAUAUUGACGGGAGAGACGAUCAGCGCAAAGGAAGCCGAAGCUGCAGGGCUUGUGACCAAGGUUCUCCCUAUAGAGCAGGUCUUUAGUGCAGCCUUGAAGUCAGCGGUAAAGAUAGCGAGCUACUCUGCACCCAUAGUGGCGAUGGCCAAGGAAGCAGUUAACGAAGCCGAAGAACUAGGGCUAAAAAAUGGGUUACACUUCGAAAGCAGACUUUACCACGCGACAUUCGGGCUGGAGGAUCAUGCAGAAGGCUUUCAAGCAUUCCUCGCCAAACCGAAGCGUGUAGCCCAGUGGACACACAAGUGAUGGUAAACCAACCUGAAUUUUGUACCGGAUGUAUAAGCACCUCGUGGUGC